UACUGAAAUAUACAACUGUAGUGUGCCGUGUCGUUCAACAUGAGAGUGUUAGUCGUCGCCGCUGUCACCUUGAUCACAAUCACAUUGACGAGAUGCGUUCCGAGGACGGAUAAAAUGCAGAAUAACGUGAAGGACUUGACAUCCACUACACCGAACUCCAUGGAGGAACAAAUGGACAAAAUUAGCAACGAUCUGAGGCCAGUUAUGGCCGAAUGUAACGAAACAUUCCGCAUUGAGAUGUAUUACUUGGAGACUUUGAAUACAACCGGGAGUUUCCCGGAAGAAUUGGAUCGUACGCCAAAGUGUUUUCUCCGCUGCGUGCUGGAGAAGGCCGAGGUGGCUUCAGCUGACAGUCAGUUCGACGUGUCUCGGACAGCCGAUGUCUUCGAUCAGAUCAGGGUUCUGCCACACGAUGAUCUGGUCAAGAUGGCAACCACCUGCUCUGACAGAGCUGAGACAUGUAAAUGCGAGAGGGCGUAUCAGUAUUUGAAAUGUCUGAUGGGGAUGAUCAUCAAUAAGUACGACACUACGUAGACAGACACACAGACGAGAUCCAAAAAAACCGAGAAUAUUUAAGGAACAUGGCGAAUGUUAAGCGGAAGUGAUUGUUAAAAAUAUAUCAGUAGACAUAGCAACAGAUCAGUUUGAAACA